UCAUCGAUCUCACCAAUAUACAACAAUGGCCUCUUCCUCCCUCCUGCUCGCUUGUGUCGUCGCGGCGGCAAUGGUCUCCGCCGUGUCGUGCCACCCGCCCAAGGUGCCACCUGGCCCAAACAUCACGGCGACCUACGGUGACAAGUGGCUAGAAGCCAGGGGCACCUGGUACGGCAAGGCCACGGGUGCCGGCCCCGACGACAAUGGCGGCGCCUGCGGCUACAAGGACGUUGACAAGGCGCCCUACCUCGGCAUGAACUCCUGCGGCAACGACCCCAUCUUCAAGGACGGGAGGGGCUGUGGAUCCUGCUACGAGGUCAAGUGCUCCAAGCCAGAGGCUUGCUCCGACAAGCCUGUCAUCGUCCACAUCACCGACAUGAACACCGAGCCCAUCGCCGCCUACCAUUUCGACCUCUCCGGCCAUGCAUUUGGUGCCAUGGCUAAGGAAGGCAAAGAGGAGGAGCUCCGCAAGGCCGGCAUCAUCGAUAUGCAGUUCCGCCGCGUCCGGUGCAAGUACCCCGCCGACACAAAGAUCACCUUCCAUGUCGAGAAGGGCUCCAACCCCAACUACUUCGCGCUGCUCGUCAAGUACGUCGCCGGUGAUGGUGACGUCGUGGGGGUGGACCUGAAGGAGAAGGGCUCUGAGGAGUAUAAGCCGCUAAAGGAGUCGUGGGGUGCUAUCUGGAGGCUAGACACCCCAAAGCCGAUAAAGGGCCCCUUCACCAUCCGCGUGACCACCGAGUCUGGGGAAAAGCUCGUCGCCGAGGAUGUCAUCCCCGACGACUGGAAGGCCAACUCCGUCUACAAGUCUAACCUCCAGGCCAAGUAAUUAAGCAUGUCGGCAUGCAUAUAUGGAUCGAGAGUCAAAUUAACACGUGCACCAUCGAUCAUCUGAGCCGAGCCAACAUCUGGAGAAACGCUAAUUACAUUUUUGUAUCCAAUAAUCAAUCAAUAAUUUGCUGAGCUAGGAUCGCAGAGUACAUGCCACCAAUAUAUAUAAUGGUGUCUGCUCGCUCUCCCAGCUUGCUGGACCUAUGAAGAUUGGGUCUUUUGUUUUCCCCUUGAAUUUAAUUGAUCAUAAUCAUAUUUUCUGCUAAA